ACUCUCUACGUAUGCAUUCAGUCUCGUUUUGUCAUCUUCUCCUAUCACACUCACUUCGUUUCGGUGGUCUCUCUGCGCCCGAAAAACCGGCUUAAACGUUAAUCAAUACUCUUAAUUGACUGUCGCGACCGUUCUCUCGUCGCAAUCUAAUGCAUUCCAGUAGUUUCUAGUUCGGUUGGUUUAGUUCUGAAUUGGUUCGCGAUGGGCUCGCUGUCCUCGUACUUUUCGCUGCUGACCGUACUCAGCGUAUUUGCGGCCCUGUUUGCCAUCAUCUACCAGGGCUACCUGGCCUCGCUGGACCUGCGAAGCCUCACCGACAUCCUGAAGAAUCUGAACCACCUUGAGUUUGCUGUGCAGGUGUCGAAACCGCGCGUCGCCAUCGGUUACGGCUCGUGCAGCGAUCUGUACGUGAAGGCCGUCGACUUCCUGAACUUUACGGAGGCGUUGCAGCGCUCGCUGGACCAGACGACGCCCUUCAACGUGGACGACAUCACCACCGAGGACGAGUUCCUGCAGAGCUUUGCGUACUACUUUCAGCGAGGAGCCGCCGCAGAGAGGUUCACCGGCAACAAGGAGCUAUUCCAGAAGCUGGUUCGGGUGGCGAAAAAGCAUCCAGCGGCCGAACCGCGAUGGGCACUGGGAGGUAAUGCGCCGGUCAUCGGAUCCCGUCUGGCUGCGGAAGGAGCCGAAGUGGUGCUCGCAGCGAAGAUGUCGUCCAAGUUGAAGACCCACCUGCGGCCGGACGUCCGCCUAACCGGUAGCCUCAUCGAGGAAGAUGACAUCCAUCUGAUCCUGGAGUACAAGACCGGCGACCGAUGGGGAACGCUCGAAUCGCCGCGAGCCAACCGCUACAUCCUGCACAGCGACUACCACAAUCCGUUCAUCACUUCGCUGGAGGAGUUUGAACAGGCCCUGCCCAACUUCAAUCCUCACUUGUUUAUCGUUAGUGGCCUCCAGAUGAUGGACAAUUACGAGUACGAAGCUGGCAUUCGCGAGGGUCGCAUCAUGAAGGUUCGCCACCAAAUACAAGCCCAGUCGAGGGAAACGCUGGUCCACUUUGAGAUGGCCAGCUUCGUUGAGCUGGAGUUGCUACAGCAGUUGCUCAAGAACGUUAUUCCGUUCAGCGAUUCUUUGGGGAUGAACGAGCAGGAGUUGGACAAUCUCGGACAGGUGCUGCAAACUUGCAAGAUCAGCUUGGUGGCCGAUUGCAAUCCCCGAGUGGCGGCAUCGCUCGACCAAGCAAGAACCGUGUUCCGGAUGCUGAACGACGAUUUCUUCCGGCACCGAUUAGAGGAUCCUCACCGCCGGAUGAUCUCCCGCAUCCAUCUGCACACCCUCGCCUACCAGGCCAUUCUGGUGGCCAAGGGCAGCAGCUGGAAGCACACGAAAAAUGCGGCUGCAAAAGCGUCCUUGACGGCCCAUCGGCACGUGUGUGCGACCUCGAUCGUAAAUCCGGACGCUUCGUACCGGCUGCUGGAUGACAGCUUUGCCACUUCCACGCAGGAAGGGUCUCGGAGAAUUCCGUUCGCCGUGAAGGAUCCGGUGUCCUGCUGGGACGAAACCAUCACAAUCAACGAGCAGCACGAGGUGGAGGUCGAAAUCUGCGUGGCACCAGUGCUGAUCUGUAAGGUGGCCAAGCAAACGGCCGGAGCGGGCGAUAAUAUCUCCGGAGCCGGACUGAUACUACAAAUCUAGUGUGUAGUUGUAGGGAUGAUCAUUCCACGUUUUCAAGUGAUAUUGUUACGCAAAAUGUUUCCAAAUUUUAAUCCUCAAAGCUUUCAAAGAUCUGUUCCCGUUCUGGACUCUUUACGACAUUCCUAAUGUUUUAGUUUUAACCUUUGCAACUUUUGACAAUACAGUUGAAAUGAUAUUACGCAAAAAAA